AUGCAGGUAAAACACUACAAGACGCUCAUGGCGUGCCAGCAGGGGAUCGCCCGGACGCAAGCUAUCUGCUGGUCGCCUAAUAAUAAGCGUCUCGCUGUUGCUGACAACAAUCGUGUCGUCAAUUUGUAUGAUGAACAUGGGGAACGUCGGGAUAAAUUUCCCACAAAGGCUGCCGAUGGUAAGAAUGGAAAAGCCUUUGUUAUUGAAGGAAUGGCGUUCUCACCUGACAGCUCCAAAAUCGCCAUUGGGCAAUCUGAUGGGAUCGUUGCUAUCUACCGGGUGGGCAUUGAGUGGGGUGAGAAGAAGGCCAUCUGCAGUAAGUUCCCACAGAACAGUCCGGUGACCUGCCUGUGUUGGCCAGAGACCUCACAGGGCGUGGAGCUUGUUGUCUUCGGAACUCUAGAUGGAAAGGUGAAGGUUGGCAUCUUAAAGGCAAACAAAUCUCAGGCUCUUUACGCUCAUGAACAUGCGGUUGUGUCGAUUGCGAGCAGCCCUGACGGAAAUAAGGUAAUUUCGGGUCAUCUCGACGGUGCUGUUUAUCAAUACACCUUUGAGUCCGAGGAUGCGGGCGGAGGCUCAGGGUCAAAGAAGCUCUUCAAUCACGGACAUCCCCCGUAUGUCUUGUUAUGGGGAGAGAAUAUCUGUGCUGCAGGGCAGAACUCUUUUGUUACUUUUUACGAUCGUAGUGGUCAAAAAGUGCAAAGCUUUGACUACAAGGCGGAGGACGAGGGAGAAUUUACUGUCGGCAGCUUUAAUCCCAGCGGUCACGCGAUUGUCCUGGCCAGUCGCGAGCAGUUGCGACUCUUUGACUUUAAUCUGCGGUCUCGCAAGUGGGAAGAAGGUGCAGUGAUACGUGUGCCCAACUCAUGCAGUUUCUCUGCUAUAUCAUGGAAGUACGAUGGAAGUCGUUUUGUGACAGGGUCUUUGGCUGGAGCAGUUGAUAUGUUUGACGUAUGUCUCAAGCGCUAUCGCCUCCGUGGUGCUUUUGAAUUCACAUAUGUUAGUCAUAACCAGGUCAUCGUGAAGCGGCUGGCCACAGGGACGCGCAUCGUACUUCGCUCCAGCCUUGGGUAUGAAGUACAGUGUGUAAAUGUUCACCAGGACCGAUAUCUAGUGGCUCAUACCUCCACGACCCUUCUUGUUGGUGACCUCAUUUCGUGCAAACUCUCAGAGGUUCCGUGGCAGCUGUCCGGACGCGAAAAAUUUGUAUUUGACAACCCACAAGUUUGUAUGGUCUUUGCUGCAGGUGAGUUAUGCUUGAUCGAAUAUGGUAAGAAUGAGAUCCUUGGUACAUGCCGCACGGAAGAAAGAAAUGCACAUCGAAUUUCGGUUCGGGUGCAUGACCCAUCUAUCACCAGCGAAGGUGAAGGACAACAAGGUCGUAAAUUCAUUGCUUACCUCAUCGACAGACAAACAGCGCAAAUCGAUGACCUGUCCAGUGGUACUGCGGUUGCACGGCUUUCCCACCAAUGCCGCAUCGACUGGCUUGAGCUCAAUUACCGCGCUAACAAACUAUUGUUCCGCGAUAAACAGCACCAGUUGUUCCUGUACGACCUGGAAGAACAAAAUCGCACAACGCUGUUGAACUAUUGCACUUAUGUGCAGUGGGUACCUGGAAGCGAUGUGGUAGUCGCACAGAAUCGUGUGGAACUGUGCGUCUGGUACAGUAUCAACUCUCCGGACCGCGUGGCUGUCGUCCCUAUUAAGGGCGAAGUGGAGGGUAUCGAGCGCGGAAACGGCAAGACGGAAGUGAUUGUUGAUGAAGGCGUCAACACAGUUGCAUAUGGUCUCGACGAGGCACUCAUUGAGUUUGGAACCGCGAUGGAGGAUCACGAUUACAUCAAGGCAUGUGACUUGCUUGAUCAAAUUGCGCUCACUCCCGAAACGGAAGCAAUGUGGGCUAACCUUGCUUCACUUGCACUGCAGGAAUUGAAACUUCCCAUUGCCCAGCGCUGUUACGCUGCAUUAGGAGACAUGGCGAAGGUUAAUUCCCUGAAUCAAAUCAAUGAACUAGCGGUGUCUGAAGCACGGUCUAGUGGAGGGGCGACGGAUGGAUAUGACCAUUACGCCGUGCGCGCCGAGCUGUCGAUGCUGAACAAGGACUACAAACAAGCUGAGCAACUCUACCUUGAGAAUGCUAAGAUCGAAGAUGCUAUGGCAAUGUGGGAGGAGCUGAACCGGUUUGAUGAAAGUAUCAGCAUUGCAGAGGCCCGCGGCUGGCCAGACCUCGCUAAUAAGCGUACCCGCUAUUACAAUUGGCUCGUGGAAACUGGCCAGUUUGAAAAGGCUGGUGAGCAGAAGGAACGUGAGGGUAAGCAUAACGAUGCUAUCAACUUAUACUUGCGCGGCGGUACCCCGGCCCGAGCGGCUAACGUCAUAUCUGCGAAUAACAUGAAACCAGAGUCGCAGUUACUGGAGGCCAUCGCGGCCUCCUUGUUUAAGGCUCAAGUGUUUGAAAAGGCCGGCGAUUUCUUUGAGAAACUCAAGAUGAACGACCGCGCUAUUCAAGCAUACAAAAAGGGACAUGUCUACAGUCGUGCUGUGGAGUUUGCUAAGCGCGCUGUUCCUGAUCGAGUGGUUGCACUAGAAGAGGAGUGGGGUGAUUACCUUGUCUCACAGAAGCACGUAGAUCAAGCAAUAAACCACUACAUCGAAGCGAAAAAAUACGACAAAGCAGUGAAGGCGGCCAUUGACUCAAGGCAGUGGAGUAAGGCCGCGCACAUUCUUGAGAGCCAAACGGUGGGUAGCGACAACGAUGAGACCGUCAAAGGUUUCUAUAAGAAUAUAGCCCGCCACUACGAAGAAUUGCAUCAAUAUGGCGAAGCCGAGAAAUUCUACAUCAAGGCUAAUGCGAUCAACGAGGCGGUGGACAUGUACAGCCGUGCAGGAAUGGCCGACCACAUGUAUCGUGUGGCACAACGGCACCUCUCGCAGCAGCAGUUGGUCGCACUCUUUGUUGACCAAGCUAAGCGUUUGGAAACUAAGGGUGAUUACGCCGGUGCAGAGCGCAUCUACGUGAAGGUGAACGAACCGGAUCAGGCCAUUGUUAUGUACAAGAAGGCGCGCGAUUACACAAAUAUGAUUCGCCUCGUUCAGGCGUACCGCCCCGAUUUUCUGUCUAAGACGCACCUUUCGCUGGCCGCUCAAUUCGAGAAGGAGAGUAACUACAAGAUGGCUGAAACACAUUAUGUGGCCGGUAAAGACUGGGGUCGGGCAGUUAAUAUGUACCGAGAUCAUGAGAUGUGGGAGGAUGCUGUUCGUGUAGCGAAGGUGCACGGUGGAGCAAACGCGGCGAAGCAAGUGGUUCUCUCUCGUGCCAUGGUUGUGGAAGCAGAGGACGGCGUACGGCUACUCAUGAAGUUUUCAUUUAUUAACCCAGGUAUAGAGGCCGCACUGGAGGCACAAAAGUUCGACCUGGCACUGCAAUGGGCUCAACUGGCACAACCUGCUAAAUUGCCUUAUGUGUACCUCAAAUAUGCUAUGUACUACGAGGAUCAGGGUGACUUCCGCAUGGCCGAAGAGGCGUUUUUGAAGUCUGGAAAACCGCGCGAGGCCAUUGAUAUGUACCUGCACCAGCACGAGUUCGAAAAUGCGAUGAGAGUGGCGGAAGGCUACGACCAGACAGCCAUUCCUUCCAUUCUUCAGGCUCAGGGACGGGCAUGCUUUCAGAAAAGUAACUACCGUGAAGCGGAAAGCUUUUUCAUUCGUGCGAAUGCCCCCGAGCCGCUGUUGAAGCUAUACAUGGAGAAUCGUAUGUAUACGGAUGCCCAGCGCGUGGCGAAGGAAUACUAUCCAGACAUGCUGGGUGAGAUUGCAAAGCGUAUUGCACUGCAGUCAAGUGAUCCCCAGAAGGCUGGCGCAGUCUUGGAGGAGCAUGGUGAGUAUCAAAUGGCAGUCGAAACGUACCUCGGUGCUACGGCAGAGCAGGUGCAAAAUCCCAACGUUCUGGCCAAUCUUUGGGUGAGGGCUGUGAAGGUGGCCCAGAAACAUGACCGUAAUAUGCUCAAGAAUGUCUUGCGCGUCGCCACUGGUAAGUUGAAGGAAGCGCAGAGAUAUGUGGAGGCAGGUAAGUGUCUGGAGGACUGCGAGGAUUACAAGGGCGCAAUUAACAUGUAUGUGGAAGGUAAAAAGUUUGACCUCGCGGAGUACCUGGCCAAACAUAUUAGCCCUGAACUUGAAGAUUAUGUCAAACGUGCCAUAGUACAGAACAGUAUUGAAGGUGGCGGCAUGAAGGAUGCCAAAAUGGUUGAGGAGAUCGAUCCUGAGGCUGCAUUCAAGGCAUACAUUGCGAAUAAUGAUUGGGAGAAUGCUCUUCGCAUGGCAAAGCAGCGGCCACCCGAAGAAAUGAAAUAUGUGGCUGGCCUGAAGAUGAAGUAUCAUGCGAACAAGGGUGAGCUAGGUGCUGCGCUUGGGGUAGUGGAGGAGCUUCCGCUUGACCCAGGUGACUUCCGCUUUUACGAGACAUGGCUCGAGAUGGCGGAUCGUAUACUGGCACAGCUGCCUCUGCGGCCUGACAGUGAUUUGAAACUUGAGCGAUUUCACACAUGUUUCUCCGAUGUCGUGGAAAGCAUGUCGAGAUCGGGGCAAAAGCAAGAGGAUGUCGCCAAAGCAAACGCCUUCGCACAUAUCAUACACAUCUACUACAUGUCCGCGCGCAUGCGGGAGCUUUCGCUUGACGACUAUGCCCUUAAACUGAUGCUUGGUCUCCCUCGGUGGAUUCCUCACAUCGCACCCGAGAAGGCGUUCUAUGACGCCGGGAUGGCAGCAAGGAAUUCCGGCCAAGAUGCCAUCGCCUUCUUGUAUCUCAAUCGUUUCCUUGAUAUCUCCGAAAAAAUUGAGGAUGGUGCGGUUGAUAGUAGCGCCAUAGACAACGGCGACUUCGACUGCACAGAUUUCCCGAAGAAGUAUCCAAUGCCGAAAAGUUCCAGUGUGGAGAAGACAUCGGAAGAAGAGGUCAAUAGAUGGGUUCUUGCCAUCUCCAUCGACAAUAGUUUAGAUCCCCAUCUUCCUACAGUAACAGAUCCGCAAGGCCAAGUGGAAAUGUUUGAGGGUUCUUUGCAGUCGCCAGCUGGGGUCACUUACCCCGAAUGCGCCGUCACGGGGUAUCCGAUUGUUGGCGGUGGUGUCGUCAAGUGCCGCAACUGCCAACGACCAGCCAACCAGGAUGACUGGACCCGGUACAUAACUCUGGCUAAAGCUUGCCCGUGGUGCGGUGCGGCUGAUUCUCCCGUCUUCGGGAUUUAG